UCUGGUCCUUCUCGGUACUGUUUGAUAUCUACAAUGGUUGUUUGCGUCAACAACUUACUCACUAAGAGUGCUGCUGGAGAUCUGUGCAAGAGCUUUGGAAUUCGACUCAUUACAAACCCCCAGAUCGUUCACCUCGCGAAGAACGCCGGAUAUGACUCGCUUUUCAUCGAUCUGGAGCACUCAACGCUGUCUAUUGACGAUGCAAGCCAAUUGUCAUGUACGGGCCUUCUCUUAGGGAUCACGCCUUUCGUCCGCGUUCCAUACCAGUGCGGUAAUGGCUUGGUGCAGCGAGUCCUCGAUGGCGGUGCGAUGGGCAUAAUAUUCCCUCAUAUACAUUCAUCCCAAGAUGCCAAAGCUGCGGUUUCCAUCUCCAAGUACCCACCGUUUGGUAGUCGGUCGAUGACGGGCCAGCUGCCUGUCUUUUCGCUCCAAGCCACAUCGCAUGACCGAGUCAUUAAUGAAACCAACAAAUCCGCAUCUUCGGUGGUGCUUAUGAUAGAAACGAAGGAUGGCAUUGAGAAAGUCGAUGAAAUUGCAGCCGUCGAGGGUGUUGACAUGAUCCUGAUCGGAUCGAAUGAUCUGGCGAUUGAACUGGGCGUACCAGGUGGCUUCCACACGCCAAUCUUUCGUUCCGCAUUGGAAAGCGUUAGUGAGGCAUGUCGGCGACAUGGUAAGACAAUGGGAUUAGCUGGCAUAUAUGACAACUACGAAAUUCAAGAUUGGGCUAUCAACACUCUUCAGGUUCGAUAUCUCUUGUGCCAAGGAGAUUCCGGUAUUAUUGCUAGUGGCGCUGCAAGAUGUAUUGCCGCGGUGCCGGGAGUGAAAUAGCUAGAAAUAUAUGAAC